UGGCUAUGUUUCAUUUCAUUAUUCAACUGCUCUCGGCACACAUACCUUUUUGCUCCCAAAAAUUUUAUUUGUCCAAAACAUAGAUAUUAAAUUAGUGGUGUCGAAAUUGGCGAAAUUGUAAAUAUGUCUAGGAACUACGGACCUGGACCUGGAGCCUAUAUGCUGCCCAGCAGUUUUGGACAAAAAGGACCGCAGUUCUCCUUCGGCCGCAGAAUAGAUCGCAAUAGAGAUGUAAAACCUGGACCGGGUCCGGCUGCCUAUAAGGUGGAUAAGGUGACUCGCUACGGAAACUCGGAGGGUCCACAGUUCUCCAUGUACGUUAGGAACUCGAAGAUGAAGCCCCUUCCCAUCCGGUUCUCCUAGAGAUUCAAUCUUGACUCGUAGUUAGUGAUCAAGAAAAAUCUAAUAAGCUAUUCGAUACUCAAUUUUGUAAUGCAAGUGGUGGUAAAAUAGGUAGUUGAAUGAAUAAAUAUUUAUACUAAGA